GUGCUGCUAAAUCCAGUCCAGCUUCUAAACCAGGAUCAACACCUUCUCGCCCAUCUUCAGCAAAAAAAGCUGCACCAAGCAGCUCAGCAUCCAAGUCAGAUAAAGAUUUGGAGACUCAAGUCAUACAGCUCAGUGAACAGGUACAUUCAUUAAAACUUGCACUUGAAGGCGUGGAGAAAGAAAGGGAUUUCUACUUUGGCAAAUUAAGGGAGAUUGAACUUCUCUGCCAAGAACACGGGGGAGAGAAUAAUGACUUUGUCAAUCGGCUAAUGGAAGUCCUUUACACUUCAGAAGAACACGAGAGCCACACAGAAGAGCAUGAAGGUGAGGAGCAAGUCCACGAACAGCCCCAGCAGCAGGAGGAGUACUGACUCACCCAGCGUCUCUGGCAAUUUUCGUUUUGUGUGAGAACUUUCUUCUGGAGAAUGGAACAUGUGCGGCCUCAAACUUGAAAUCAGUUCACUCCCAGUCUGCCAUUAACAUUUAUGUACCAUAGUGAGUGCCAGCCAGCCACUGCAUUCUGUACCCAUACUUUGCCAAGAUGCAUUUGCAGACGUCUUCUUUCAGUGUAUCUUCCCAAGAGGUUGUAGGGCUACAUCACCUACUGUACAUCACUGCAACUUCACCACUUGGCUGCUUGAGAUCUGUUCUGCUCUUUAAAAAAAAUAUAUAUAUUUAUUUUUUUUUCUUUUUCGUCUUAAGUAUGAUACACUUGUAACUUGUUCUAACAUAUUUAUAUUGGCAUUUUGUGUGGCAAGAAGUACUGUACCACUAGCUGUCUCUCUCACUUUGUGGUGCUUUCGCAUUUUCUAGUCCAUCUGCCUCGGGGCAUAAAUUUGGUUGAACAAUUGGAAGCAAGGGACAGGUGGAAGUCGUACUCAAGCCAUAAGGAUGAAGUGUGUUGUGGAGGAGAAUGCUCGUGUUGCUCCCAUUUGUUCCUUUCCUGCCUCCACAAAAUGGAAGGCAGAACAUCUGUUUCCCUAGGAGAGGUUGAAAUCCCUGUGUUAGAAAGCUUGUUAGAAAGCUGCAUGGUAUGUUUUUUUGGCUUAUUUCUGGAGGAACAGACAUCCACUUCAGUUUUUUGAAAACCCUCCCAGUUUCCUGACUCAUCAAUAGAUGUUUCCCAGGUUUUCUUCCUUCCCGAGGAAUCCAGUCCCAGCCUCCAGCUGCAGCUCUGCCUCCACGCAGCCCAGUGCUGGUGGAGGAGGAGAAAGCUCCUUGACACAAGCGUAGCUGCAGGACACUCUCUCUGCUGUCACUUGGCUUCCCACCCCUCAGAAGAUGACAAAGUAGUCCAGCCAUUGCUUUUCACUGUCCUUCUCCCCACUGCUGCCCUGGCCAAGUAUGGAAGA